GCUUUCACCGUUGCUUUCCCGGAACCAUCUGCUGAGCCAGAGCCAGAACCAGAAGCUCUCGCUGACCCAGAACCUCUGCUUGGCAAACGACUUGCUAGUGCAUGUGGUAGCAGCUCAUGUGGUAGCAGCUCAUAUGGUAGCAGCUCAGGUGGUGGUAGCUCAGGUGGUACAACAUUGAAGGAAACAACCUACGUUGUCGUUCCAAAGAGCUCAUGUGGAUCAUCAUCAUCGUGCUAUGACUCCGGAUCGUCAAGCUGUAGAUCAUCCAAAUGUAAAUCACGCAGACGUCGUUCAAGCGGAAGCUGUUGCAACUCUGGAUCAUCAAACUGUGGAUCGUCGAACUGUGGAUCGUCGAACUGUGGAUCGUCGAACUAUGGAUCAUCGAACUGUGGAUCGUCGAUCUGUUGCAAAUCGCGCAAACGUCGCUCAAGCUCAUGCUCAUCAUCGACAU